AUGUUGUUCACUGUAUUCUUCUUAUAUGUCUGUUGUUCAUUAAGUAAAGCCUAUGAUUUUUUUCCAUCAACAAUUAAUCGUUGUCAAACAAUUCCAUCAAAUUUUACAUUAUGUUAUGGACUUGGUUAUACACAAAUGUAUUUACCAAAUUUACUUAAUCAUGAAAGUAUAACUGAAAUAUUAUAUGAAUUACCAUUAUGGCAAUCACUUCUUAAUUUGGGAUGUCAUUCAAAUGCUCGAUUAUUACUUUGUUCAAUUUUAGCACCUGUUUGUCUUCAACAAACACCUGAACGACCAACACUUGUUUCAUUUGAUAAUAAUCAAGAUUCAAUAUUUUCAAUGACAUAUGAAAAUAAAAAAUUUUUAUAUCCAUGUCGUACACUUUGUGAAUCAGUUAAACAAAGUUGUGAACCAAGAAUGAUAAAUCAAUUUGGUUAUAAAUGGCCAAAUAUGAUUGCUUGUGAACAAUAUCCAGAAGAAACAGAUCUAUGUGUUUCUCAUUCAUCAUCAUCAACAACAACAACUACUACAUUAUCACCACCACCAACAACAACAACUAUUACAAAAAUGAAUUUAUGUUCAAUGUGUCAAUCACGAACAAGUGUAAGUGAUUUACUUAAUGAUUAUUGUCGUUCAUCAAUUGUUGUUCGUACACGUCCAAUUAAAAAUUCAUUAAUAUCAGAAAAUAAUUUUAUAUUUGCAAAUAAAUAUAAAGUUCGAUAUUUUAAAAAAUUAGAUAAUCAACAAAUAAAAUUUGAUUUUCCAAUUAAAAAUUGUUCAUGUAUUAAAUUACAUUCACCAAUUAUUUUAUUUCUUUCAUCAAAUGGUGAAAUUAUUCGAUUUAUAUCAAUUAAACAAAAUCCACGUGUUUUUAAAAGAUUUCGAAAUACAAUUGUCUUACGAAAACCUCGUUGUCAACGUCGAUUAUAA